AUGUCGAGUGACCUCCAACAAACCGCACUGUCCAGGCUUCUACGAAAUCUCUGGGUGCCGUUUGCUACGCUGCGGGAAACAGGCAUCAGAAAUCGCCCUUUCAUCAGUAUCGGAGAUUACACUAUCUACUGUAGCAAUGAUGAUGAUGAAAAGAAGAUAAGCUGCGCAAUAGCUGUGAGGAACGACUACGCCAAUAUGAUGAACGAAGUUGGCUCAACGCAGCUAAGAUGCGAUUUCCUACGACUGCGGGAUCACAGAGGACGCAUAUUCUGGUUCGUGUGUGCCCACGCAUCCACGGAGACCGCUGAAGAGAACAACAAGGACGCUUUCUAUGAUGAAGACAAUGCGUUGAUGUCUAGGAUACCCAGCCAGCAGUUAACCAUUGUCGGAAUCGACGCAAACGCGAAGAUGGGACGCGAACAAAAGUUCGAUUUGUUAGAUAAAUGGUGCUUCCCCGUGAAACAUACGUCAGAUAACCGUUAA